CUACCUAAAGUAGGGCAUGCAAUUGCAGACCUGUCUGGUUUUUGGGAGCAGGACGUUAUUGUUUCCCUGCCGAGUAACUUACAAGAUCUGACGUUACCUAAAAACUCGGUGUUGCACUUGUGAAUGGAACGCCAUCACGAAUCACAAUACCUUUUCUUCCGUCGACAUAUCAGACCUACUCGCCUGAAAUGAGUCCUGAAGAGGUUUUCCAGUUCGCAAAUAGAGCUGUAGGACUCUGCACCGACGCAACUCUUUUCUGUUACGGAGGCGAAGACGCAGUGCUGAAGGAACGAUAUGGAAUAAACCGAGUCGAAGCAUGGGGAAGGCUACUCCAAAGUUUUAAUGAAUGGUAUACCAACAGGCCCCAGGACUUUGAAGCUAUCAUUGAACUUUCAUCGAGGGAUAGCAAGUAUUCCGAAGAUGAAUUUCCAACUUUAAUAUUUACGGAUGGCGCUGCGGUACUAGCCAACCAACUUUAUCAUACGGGUAUGUUACUUCUCCUGCAAAACAAGCCGAAAUUUGCAGAGAGGGCUACGUUGAGUGCUUCAGCAUUGUCCACUCUGUGGCACAUGCACAGGGUGUGCGGAAUUGCGACGAACAACGAUCGAAGGGAAUGUUGGGAUCCAUGUCUUCUUGCGUCUCUAUUUAUGGCCGCUCGCGCAGCGACACACCGGAGUCAGCAUUCAGCAAUAUUCAACACACUAGAACGCGUACAAAGACUUACGGGGUGGGAUGUUACACGCCACACAAGUGCUCUCAAGGAUGAGUGGCAGCUAGCGGAAGGAUGGUGAAGAUUUAUAUCGCAACA